AUGGUUCGUAAAGUCGUUCAGAGUCAAACCCCAGAAGAAAUGAGCGAAGAGUAUUCAGAGUAUAUGAGAAACAGACUUGGAGAGGAGGCUUCUAGUUCUGGUCUCAUUAAAGAGAAGUCUGAAAUUAUGCUCAGGAAAAACUCUGUGAAAGACAUCAUCAUCAGCCAUAUUGAUGAAGAUUACCACAAGAAGAUUUUAGACCACAAAGGUGAUGACUGCAACGCUAAUACGUACUCAACUCAGAGAUACAAGAGACCUUUCAAUAGUACUGAUGAGUAUGGAACCCCUGUUAAAAGAAACAAACUACCUCAAACUCAAAGAGCAAGAGGUAGAGGUUCAGGUAAUCCUAGAGGCAGAUAUACCAACUUCAGAGGUAAUUCCAGAGCUAACUUUAGAGCUAGAGGAACUAAUAGAGGUUCCAAAAAUAAUCCAACUGCUAGGAGGGCUGAUCUUGAUGAUGGAUUAACUGAUCAAGAGAACUUUGAGGAAGGUGACGGGCAAUAUGAUGGUUAUAAUGAAUCAGGAGGGGGCGACAAGAAAGGUGUUUACUUUGAACAGACGGCCGUGGAAAUACGAACUGUCGUCUCGCAUUCGGAGAUACGA